AUGAAGGCCAAAGGAAAAAGGUCUGCCCCUCCUCCCUCUCAGCCCUCCAAAAAACGCAAGGUCACCACCAGUCUCCAACCUCUCUCUAAAAAAAGGCAAUCCGACGUGCCGCGAAAAGAAAAGUUUGCGGAUCGAGGAAUCAUUCCAAUACCUGUUCAUGAAAACGAAGAAGAUGCGGAACUCUCUGACGGGGACGUAGACGUCCUCAAUGAAUAUGGCAAUGCUGUUUCAUUUCUUGACAAACUGGACCAUAAGGGCAUCUUGAGGAGCAAGAAGGAAACGCAACGACUCCAUGAAGCGGAGAAACCAAUUCGUCGGAAAGUCGUUGAAGAUGACCUUCCUCCGCUUGACACAGACGACGACGCAGAGUCGUGGAGCUCAGGAAUGGAUGAAUUGAGCGACGUAUCAGAGGAAGUGCUUGAUUCUGACGCGGAGAUGCCAUACGAGUCCGCUCCCCGAAAACCGAACUCGGCUUGGGAGCGAGAAGAACAGACUCAGAUCAAGCGACUUCCUAUCAAACUUGCAGACGGGAAAAUAAAGGAAACUGGUUCGAAACCAGUCAAACUUAAAGCCCGAGAACUAGUGGAGGAGGAGGAAAGUAGCGAGGAUGAACAGGAUGAAGCCCCAAAAAUAACUCGAGUAGAGGAUGUCUCCACAGGAGCACGUUUUGGUCGCGCAUCAGUUGCAGACGUCCUCAAUACCAAAUCACGGAAAGCGAAGGUAGAACUAGCGAAAGAUCAAAUUGCGGGAAUUUGUCAAGAAAUCCUGGCUGAUCUUGAGAACAGCCUCGGACUUCUUCGACGCCUCCACUCCUUCUCCUUGAAGGAAAUAUCGACACCAGGACUUACUGAGCCAAUCCCAAACGACUUAAUCAUUAGGAAACUGGCAGUCUUGUCGCAGCUGGCUAUUUUCAAGGACAUCAUUCCUGGCUAUCGUAUACGCGCUCUCACAGACAAGGAGAAGGCGGAAAAAGUAAGUCAAAUGGUAUCACAAACGCGCGAAUGGGAGCAAGGUCUUGUUGGGGUCUACCAGUCUUACCUUCGAGCUUUGGAAGUUGAGCUCAAAGCUCAAAGUGAACUCUCAGAAAUCGCUCUCGAAUGCAUGUGCACGUUGCUGACAGAGGUCACCCACUUCAAUUUCAGAAUCAAUCUUAUGACUUGUGUCGUUACCCGCUUGAGUCGAAAGUCUUGGGACAAGUCCUCAGACCGCUGUCUCGACACUCUUGACCAAAUCUUCAAAGCAGACCUCACAGGCGAGGCUUCUCUCGAGAUAGUACGACUUCUGAACAGGAUGGUCAAAGAACGACGAUUCAAAAUACAUCCACGAGUCCUCUCUUGCUUGCAUCAACUGCGACUGAGGACAGAGCUGGGAGUUAGAGCAUCGGACUCCGCCGCUGACAAGGCCAAAGAUAAACCUCAAUCAGGGACCAAAAAGCCAGAGAAACCACAUCUUAGUAAAAAGGCCAAAAAGGAGAGAAAGGAGAAAAAAGAAAUUGACAAGGAACUCCGUGAAGCGGAGGCAGAGGUCGAUAAAGCAGAGCGAGCAUCUAGGCAAACAGAGACGUUGAAACUAUUGUUUGCGUUGUAUUUCAGAAUACUCAAAAAUCCUCGCCCAUCACCUCUUCUCCCCGCUGCAUUAUCUGGGAUAUCGAAAUUCGCGCACUUGGUCAACAUCAACUUUUUCAAAGACCUACUCAAAGUCUUGAAAGAUUUGAUAGCCCUCGAAUCCGACCAAUUUGAAGACUCGGACAAUGAAGCGACACAACCAACAUCUGGGGGUCUUGAUGGUGUUCAUCACCGGCUCCUAUGUAUCGUGGCAGCUUUCGAGCUCCUCUCAGGCCAAGGCGAAGCUCUGAACAUCGACCUCAGUGAUUUCAUUUCGCAUCUCUACGCCUUGAUUCUUUCUUUGAGCCUCGUACCCAACAUCGACAGCAAAGUCGACGUAUCCCAAUCCACAGAAGAAUUGCUGUUCCGGGCGUUGAAUAUCAUUUUUUCCCCACGGACAUCUGGCGCCGCAGCGCCUUCAUGGCGCUCAGCUGCCUUUGCCAAGCGUCUGCUCACUGCUGCUGUACACUGGCCGCCGUCCACCGCACUGCGUGCGAUCGAGUUCGUAGCUGGCUUGGUUGCCAAAGACUCCAAGCUCGCAGCACUGCUCUCCACCGAAGACCGUAUCUUCAAUGGUGUGUAUCACCCAGAAAUCGACGAUCCACAGCUUUGCAAUGCGUUCGGGUCAUCUUUUUGGGAGUUGCAUGCUUUGCACGAAAAUUACUGGGAUACACGAGUAAGGGAGGAGGCGGGAAAAUUGUUAUGUGUUACAUUAUAG